CCCAGGCAGCCCGUGAUGCCGCUUCCUCCACCUCAGUGGGUCUUGGCUUUCGAGAUCUUCAUCCCUCUGGUCCUCUUCUUCAUCCUGCUUGGGCUGCGGCAGAAAAAACCAACCAUCUCUGUGAAGGAAGUCUCUUUCUACACAGCAGCGCCCCUCACCUCCGCUGGCAUCCUGCCUGUCAUGCAGUCACUGUGCCCAGAUGGCCAGCGGGACGAGUUCGGCUUCCUGCAGUAUGCCAACUCCACGGUCACUCAGCUGCUGGAGCGCCUCAACCGCGUGGUGGAGGAGGGCAACCUUUUCGACCCGAAGCGGCCCAGCCUGGGCUCGGGGCUCGAGGCCCUGCACCAGCACCUGGAGGCCCUCAGCUCGGGCCCCACCACCUGGGAGAGCCACUUGGACAGACCCACAGUGUCCUUCUCUCUGGACUCGGUGGCCAGGGACCCGAGGGAGCUGUGGCGUUUCCUGUCUCAGAACCUGUCGCUGCCUAACAGCACGGCCCGGGCUCUCCUGGCUGCUCAGGUGGACCUGCCCGAGGUCUAUCACCUGCUGUUUGGCCCUUCGCCUGCCCUGGAUGUGGACUCAGGAUUCCCCAGGGGUCAGGAGCCCUGGGGCCGCCUGGGUGCCAGUUCUCUAUUCCGGUUGGAGGAGCUCCUGUUCGCCCCCACCCUCCUGGAGCAGCUCACAUGUGCACCGGGCUCCAGGGAACUGGGACGGAUCCUCGCUAUGCCCCAGGGUCAGCAGCCAGCGCUGCAGGGCUAGUACCGAGACACUGUCUGCAGUGGGCAGGCUGCAGCCCGCGCCCAGCGCUUUUCUGGGCUGGCUGCUGAGCUCCGGAACCAGCUGGACGUGGCCAAGAUCGCCCAGCAGCUGGGCCUGGAUGCCCGCAACGGCUCAGCCCCACAGCAGCAGCCACCUCCCCCACGGCGGCUGCAGGCGCUGCUGGAAGACCUGCUGGACGCCCAAAAAGUUCUGCAGGACGUGGACGUCCUCUCGGCCCUGGCCCUGCUGCUGCCCCAGGGUGCCUGCGCCGGCCGUGCUCCUGGGUCCCCAGCCAGCAGCCCUGCGGGGACGGGCAACGGCACAGGGGCCGGGGCGGGCACGGGCUCCAACACCACGGCCGAGGAGGGUGCCCCGUCGGCUGUGUCCCUGACCUCCGACGCGCAGCAGGGCCAGUGCUCCGCCUUCGUGCAGCUCUGGGCCGCCCUGCAGCCCAUUCUGUGCGGCAACAACCGCACCAUUGAGCCGGAGGCGCUGCGCCGAGGCAACAUGAGCUCUCUGGGCUUCACGAGCAAGGAACAGAGGAACCUGGGCCUUCUCGUGCACCUCAUGACCAGCAACCCCAAGAUCCUGUAUGCGCCGGCGGGCUCCGAGGCGGACCGCGUCAUCCUCAAGGCCAACGAGACCUUUGCCUUUGUAGGCAAUGUGACCCACUAUGCCCAGGUCUGGCUCAACAUCUCGGCCGAGAUCCGCAGCUUCCUGGAGCAGGGCAGGCUGCAGCAGCACCUGCUCUGGCUGCAGCAGUACGUGGCGGAGCUGCGGCUGCACCCUGAGGCGCUGAACCUGUCGCUGGAGGAGCUGCCGCCCGCCCUGCGCCAGGACAACUUCUCGCUGCCUAAUGGCUCGGCCCUCCUGCAGCAGCUGGACACCAUCGACAACGCGGCCUGUGGCUGGAUCCAGUUCAUGUCCAAGGUGAGCGUAGACAUCUUCAAGGGUUUCCCGGACGAGGAGAGCAUCGUCAACUACACCCUCAACCAGGCCUACCAGGACAAUGUCACAGUGUUCGCCAGCGUGAUCUUCCAGACACGCAAGGACGGCUCCUUGCCGCCCCACGUGCACUACAAGAUUCGCCAAAACUCCAGCUUCACCGAGAAAACCAACGAAAUCCGCCGGGCUUACUGGCGACCGGGGCCCAACACUGGGGGCCGCUUUUACUUUCUGUAUGGCUUCGUCUGGAUCCAGGACAUGAUGGAACGCGCCAUCAUCAACACCUUUGUGGGGCAUGAUGUGGUGGAGCCGGGCAGUUACGUGCAGAUGUUCCCCUACCCCUGCUACACGCGGGAUGAUUUCCUGUUUGUCAUCGAGCACAUGAUGCCGCUCUGCAUGGUGAUUUCCUGGGUCUACUCCGUGGCCAUGACCAUCCAGCACAUUGUGGCAGAGAAGGAGCACCGGCUGAAGGAGGUGAUGAAGACGAUGGGCCUGGACAAUGCCGUACACUGGGUGGCCUGGUUCAUCACCGGCUUCGUGCAGCUGUCCAUCUCGGUGACGGCGCUCACCGCCAUCCUCAAGUAUGGCCAAGUCCUCAUGCACAGCCACGUGCUCAUCAUCUGGCUCUUUCUGGCUGUCUACGCUGUGGCCACCAUCAUGUUCUGCUUCCUGGUGUCCGUGCUGUACUCAAAGGCCAAACUGGCCUCGGCCUGCGGUGGCAUCAUCUACUUCCUGAGCUAUGUGCCUUACAUGUACGUUGCGAUCCGUGAGGAGGUGGCCCACGAUAAGAUCACUGCCUUCGAGAAGUGCAUUGCAUCCCUGAUGUCCACAACGGCCUUUGGCCUGGGCUCCAAGUACUUUGCCCUGUAUGAAGUGGCGGGCGUGGGCAUCCAGUGGCACACGUUCAGCCAAUCACCUGUGGAAGGGGACGACUUCAACCUGCUUCUGGCUGUCACCAUGCUGAUGGUGGAUGCGGUCGUCUACGGCGUGCUCACAUGGUACAUCGAGGCUGUGCAUCCAGGCAUGUAUGGGCUACCCCGGCCCUGGUACUUCCCACUGCAGAAGUCCUACUGGCUGGGCAGUGGGCGUACAGAGGCGUGGGAGUGGAGCUGGCCGUGGGCUCGUGCCACCCGCCUUAGCGUCAUGGAGGAGGACCAGGCCUGUGCCAUGGAGAGCCGGCGCUUGGAGGAGACUCGCGGCAUGGAGGAGGAGCCCACCCACCUGCCACUGGUAGUCUGCGUGGACAAGCUCACCAAGGUCUACAAGAAUGACAAGAAGCUGGCCUUGAAUAAGCUGAGUCUGAACCUCUAUGAGAACCAGGUGGUGUCCUUCCUGGGCCACAAUGGGGCCGGCAAGACCACCACCAUGUCUAUCCUCACGGGCCUGUUCCCGCCCACGUCGGGUUCAGCCACCAUCUACGGGCACGACAUCCGCACGGAGAUGGACGAGAUCCGCAAGAACCUGGGCAUGUGUCCACAGCACAAUGUGCUCUUUGACCGGCUCACGGUGGAGGAACACCUCUGGUUCUACUCUCGGCUCAAGAGCAUGGCUCAGGGGGAGAUCCGCAAAGAGAUGGACAAGUGGAACCUGGAGUGCAGUCUGGAUGCAUUACAUCUGAGCAGCUUCGGGCUGAUGGACACCACAUUAGAGGAGGUGUUCCUCAAGGUGUCAGAGGAGGACCAAUCGCUGGAGAACAGUGAGGCGGAUGUGAAGGAGUCCAGGAAGGACGUGCUGCCUGGGGCAGAGGGUCUGGCCGCACUGGGGGAGGCUCACACAGGGAACCUGGCCCGGUGUGCGGAACUGGCCCAGUCACAGGCGUCGCUGCAGUCCGCGUCCUCAGUGGGCUCUGCCCGCGGGGAUGAGGGAGCGGGCUAUGCUGACGUCUACGGCGACUACUGCCCUCUCUUCAAUAACCUGCAGGAUCCCGACAACGUCAGCUUGCAAGAAGCCGAGGCAGAGGCUCUCACGCGGGUUGGCCAGGGCAGCCGCAAGCUAGAGGGCUGGUGGCUGAAGCUGCGCCAGUUCCACGGGCUCUUGGUGAAGCGCUUCCACUGUGCCCGCCGCAACUCCAAGGCACUGUCCUCACAGAUCCUGCUCCCCGCCUUCUUUGUCUGUGUGGCCAUGACCGUGGCACUCUCCGUCCCCGAGAUCGGUGACCUGCCCCCGUUGGUCCUGUCACCGUCCCAGUACCACAACUACACCCAACCCCGCGGCAACUUCAUUCCUUAUGCCAACGAGGAGCGCCGGGAGUACCGAUUUCAGCUGUCACCUGAUGCCAGCCCCCAGCAGCUCAUGAGCACAUUCCGGCUGCCAUCGGGUGUGGGCGCCACCUGUGUGCUCAAGUCUCCAGCCAAUGGCUCCCUGGGCUCCACGCUGAACUUGAGCAGCGGCGAGUCGCGCCUGCUGGCUGCACGGUUCUUCGACAGCAUGUGCCUGGAGUCCUUCACGCAGGGACUACCUCUGUCUAACUUUGUGCCACCCCCACCCUCACCCGCUCCGUCCGACUCACCAGUGUCCCAGUAUGAAGACCCACUGCAGGCCUGGAACACCUCUCUACCACCCACCUCCGGGCCAGAGAACUGGACAUCAGCACCCUCCCUGCCACACCUGGUGCGGGAGCCUGUCCGCUGCACCUGCUCCACGCAAGGCACUGGCUUCUCCUGCCCCAGUGGUGUGGGCGGACACCCACCCCAGAUGCGUGUGGUCACGGGCGACAUCCUGACCGACAUCACCGGCCACAACGUCUCCGAGUACCUGUUGUUCACCUCUGACCGCUUCCGGUUGCAUCGGUACGGGGCCAUCACCUUUGGCAACGUCCAGAAGUCCAUUCCGGCCUCGUUUGGCGCCCGGGCCCCAGCCAUGGUGCGGAAGAUCGCUGUACGCCGGGCAGCCCAGGUUUUCUACAACAACAAGGGUUACCACAGCAUGCCUACCUACCUCAACAGCCUCAACAACGCCAUCCUGCGUGCCAACCUGCCCAAGAGCAAGGGCCACCCAGCAGCUUAUGGCAUCACUGUCACCAACCACCCCAUGAACAAGACGAGCGCCAGCCUCUCCCUGGACUACCUGUUGCAGGGCACAGAUGUGGUCAUCGCCAUCUUCAUCAUCGUGGCCAUGUCCUUCGUGCCGGCUAGCUUCGUAGUCUUCCUGGUGGCCGAGAAGUCCACCAAGGCCAAGCACCUACAGUUCGUCAGCGGCUGCAACCCCGUCAUCUACUGGCUGGCCAACUACGUGUGGGACAUGCUAAACUACCUGGUCCCAGCAACCUGCUGCGUCAUCAUCCUGUUUGUGUUCGACUUGCCGGCCUAUACGUCACCCACCAACUUCCCUGCCGUGCUCUCCCUCUUCCUGCUGUAUGGGUGGUCCAUCACCCCCAUCAUGUACCCGGCCUCCUUCUGGUUCGAGGUCCCCAGCUCGGCCUACGUGUUUCUUAUCGUCAUCAACCUCUUCAUUGGCAUCACGGCCACUGUGGCCACCUUCCUGCUGCAGCUCUUCGAGCAUGACAAGGACCUGAAGGUUGUCAACAGUUACCUGAAAAGCUGCUUCCUCAUUUUCCCUAACUACAACCUGGGCCAUGGGCUCAUGGAGAUGGCCUACAACGAGUACAUCAACGAGUAUUAUGCCAAGAUUGGCCAAUUUGACAAGAUGAAGUCCCCAUUCGAGUGGGAUAUUGUCACCAGGGGGCUGGUGGCCAUGACGGUAGAGGGCUUCGUGGGCUUCUUCCUCACCAUCAUGUGCCAGUAUAACUUCCUGCGACAGCCACAGCGCAUGCCAGUCUCUACCAAACCUGUGGAGGACGAUGUCGACGUGGCCAGCGAGCGGCAGCGAGUGUUGCGGGGGGACGCCGACAAUGACAUGGUCAAGAUUGAGAACCUGACCAAGGUGUACAAGUCUCGGAAGCUCGGCAGCAUCCUGGCCGUGGACCGCCUGUGCCUGGGCGUGCGUCCUGGCGAGUGCUUCGGCCUCCUUGGUGUCAACGGCGCGGGCAAGACCAGUACCUUCAAGAUGCUGACGGGCGACGAGAGCACAACGGGGGGCGAGGCCUUCAUCAACGGGCACAGCGUGCUCAAGGAGCUGCUCCAGGUCCAGCAGAGCCUGGGGUACUGCCCGCAGUUUGAUGCCCUCUUCGACGAGCUCACGGCCCGGGAGCACCUGCAGCUGUACACGCGGCUCCGCGGCAUCCCCUGGAAGGACGAGGCCCGGGUGGUGAAGUGGGCGCUGGAGAAGCUGGAGCUGACCAAGUACGCCGAUAAGCCCGCUGGUACCUACAGCGGGGGCAACAAGAGGAAGCUGUCUACGGCCAUCGCCCUCAUUGGGUACCCUGCCUUUGUCUUCCUGGACGAGCCCACCACAGGCAUGGACCCCAAGGCCCGACGCUUUCUCUGGAAUCUCAUCCUCGACCUUAUCAAGACAGGGCGCUCGGUGGUGCUGACAUCGCACAGCAUGGAGGAGUGCGAGGCGCUGUGCACGCGGCUGGCCAUCAUGGUGAACGGGCGCCUGCGCUGUCUGGGCAGUAUCCAGCACCUGAAGAACCGGUUCGGGGAUGGUUACAUGAUCACGGUGAGGACCAAGAGCAGCCAGCAUGUGAAGGACCCCCACACCCCUUUCCCCACCUCUGCCCGCCAGGUAUUUGUGAACUUUGCCAAGAAGCAGAGCGACAACUUGGAGCAGCAGGAGACAGAGCCGCCUUCAGCCCUGCAGUCCCCACUGGGCCGCCUGCUCAGCCUGUUCCGGACACGGCCUGCCCCCACCGAGCUGCGGGCACUUGUGACCGAUGAGCCCGAGGACCUGGACACAGAGGACGAGGGCCUCAUCAGCUUUGAGGAGGAACGGGCCCAGCUCUCCUUCAACACGGACACGCUCUGCUGACCACCAGGCGCUGGCUCAAGGACACGGCUGAGGAAACAGAAGUCAGGCAGUGGCCCAGGCCCCACCCCGUGCCCCCAGCGCCCCUCCACGGCGCCCUGGAGUGCGAGGUCCAGGACCAAAGGCUUCACGCCCCCUCCAGCCCCCUGCCUGUCCUCAACCCUACCCAUGCGGCCACUAUGCCACCCUCCCCUCAUUGUGCCAAAGGCUGGCCUGGCCCUGGGCUGUGACACCCUCACCCUGCUCUGCCUUAAAGCCUUCGGGCGAGAGCCCCUCACCUCUGCCCCUGCCCAGCUCUGCCCACCACCCCCAGGGCCACUGGGGUGACACGGGUUGCUAGGUACCGCUGGCCCCUCUCCUGGCUGGGCCUGGGCCUGGCUUCCUGAACCGGCUUUUAUACCCAAUUUGGAAGGCGGCUGUUGCAGGCCUGGGGCUGAGUAUGGGUGGGUUAGGUCCUACCCCCAGGCACCUAUUUAUUUUGCUAUAGGAAGCGGCUUCCUCACCUGGUCUCAUGCUGGGAGGUCAUUACUGAGGGGCUGCCGCAGGGCAGCG